GCCGCCGCCGCCGCCGCCACCAUGGAUCACGCCGUGUGGUUGCUGCACGAUCAGUAUCGCCGGCGAAUCCCCACCUCGCAGGCGGUCGACGCGCUGUCGCCCGGGCCCGGGGCACCGGCCCCCGGGCCGGCCCCCAGCAAUCCACCGGCGGCCCGGCCGGCCACGCCCGCAGCCGGCAAGCCCCCCUCCACCGGGUCAUCCUUCCUGGCGGACUUCUUUGACCUGAGCCCGUCGUCGCCGGAGUCGGCCGGCGCCCUGGACGGCGGGGCCGCCCUCGUGCCGACGCCCAGCGAUGGGUCCCUCCUGGAUGCCAUCUCCCCGGGUGGCUUGCUGUCCUCCUUCUUUGGCGGGCUCUUCGGCGCGGGCGGCGGCGGCAGCAGCAGCAGCAGCGCCUCCACGGCCUCCAGCAGCACCGGGGACCUGGGGGACUUGGCCGGGGCGGCCCCUGCGCGAACGCUCUGCCCCACCUCCAGCCAGAUCGACGCGCAGAUCUUGGUGGCGGCGGCCGUCGGCCGGAGUCUGCGCCACGCGGUCUUCCUGGAUUUGGCCCCGGGGCACCUUCCCCAGCUGUCGCUGGGGCCCUUCCGCCAUGAUAUGCUGGCCUCCGUUGCAUCCUGCUCGCGGCACCCGUGCACCCAUGGCGGCUUCAUAUGCUGCCCGGGCCUGUCGACCCUGUGCCUUGGGCGCUGCCCGCCGGUCCCGACGGACCUUCUGGGGGACUGUGUCGACCCGACAGAUGUAUGUCCCUGCUGCCGGCUUGAGCACUGUGCCACCUGCUGCCGGGAAAGCUUCGGCCAUCCGCCGGCCCAGGCGGCGAUCCCAGCCAGUGCCAGCCCCGCCAGUGGUGCCGGGACUGGCAUCGAUGAGGCUGGUUCCCCGGCCGCCAUGCCGGCGACCGCCGAGCGGCCGGCCUCCACCUCGUGCGCCACCGACACCGACGACAUCACCGGGCCCUAUCAGCAUCUGGGGGAUGCCUACUUCGACCAGCUGUCCUCCGACGAGGAGGUGGACAGUGUUCCGAUCGGGUGCCGGGGCGAGCGCCUGGCCCCGACCGGCAGCCCGGCCUCGCCGUCCCUGCUCGGGUCACUGGCUGCCCCCUCGUCCACGCAUAGCUUGGCUUCCGGGCUGUUCACCAGCAGCUCCUCCUCCAUCAGUCACAUCUCGGUCGGCAUCGACAGCAUCAUCGGUAUGCUCGGUGCCUGUUCGGCCGGUGGUCGGUUUUUCUUCUGCCCUCUUCCCUUCGCUUGCCUCCUGACCCUCCCGGCCGCGGAGAAUCGCUCCGGCGCGGUGACCAUCGCUCGGCGGACAUCCACCCCCUUCGACACCUUGCGACGGGGCGACAUCCUCUCCACAUACAAGCGCCAGCGCUUUGUGCUCGAGGUCUUUCCCGAGCCCACGGCCGCUCGCGUGGCCGCCCAGCUCCUUUACCAGUCGUACCUCUGCCCGGGCUGCUCCCGGCGGAUUAACUCGCCGCACUACUGCUACUACACGGGCUUUGUCCUUUGCUCCAUGUGCAUUUCGCAAAAGCCCCAUCCCCUGCCGUCGCAGAUCGUCCAUGAGUGGAAUUUCUCCCCCAAGCCCAUCGGCUUGGUGCACCUGUCCUUCAUGGAAAACAUUUACUUGCAACCGCUGUUCGACUUGCGCUUCCACAACCCCCGGCUCUUUGUGCACGUUGAUGCCCUGCGCCGCAUGAAGGAGCUGCAAGGCGUGCUGGCCCACUUAAAGAAGUACCUCCAAGGGUGCUCGCGCAGCCUCGGUCUCCUGGAACGGGUGUACUUUGACGCGCCACAUCUCUACGAGAAUCCCGGGAUAUAUACCUUCAGUGAUCUGCUGAGCUUGCACAAGUCGCCUGUCCUGUCGGAAAGCUUCAUGCGCCCGGCCCGGCGAUACAUCCAGUCCCUGUCGCCCUCCUGUGUGAUUAGCAUCUCGCCGCCGAUGCCCUCGGUCACGGAUGUCCCGUCGGCGGCGCCGGGCCCGGGCCCGGCGGUGAAUCCCUCGGAUCCGGCGGUGCCGGGCACCACCGAGGCGGUCCCCUUCGUGCUCCCGGCCUCCGGCGACCUUGCCCCCCGCUCGGAUUCCACCCCGCCGACCGCCGAGCCAGGCGCAUCGCGCAGCCGGUCCACCACCAUCUCAGCGUCCGGGGCGAGCGGCCCGCCUCCGGUGCCGAGCUCCUGGCGGCCGCGGACCAGCUCCCGGCCGCCGGAGCGCCGGGCCGCGGCCGGGCCCUCGCCGGCCGACAACGACCCCUCCCGACGCGCGUCCACGACAUCGUCCCAUGGCGAAGCGGCCCUCUCGGCGGCCGAGCUCCCGAUCCACCGCCGGUCCAAGGAAUACUCGCUGCUGGAGCGCACCUUCCUGCGUAAUGAGUAUCUCAUCUUGCACAUCAAGCACUGCGAGCGGUGCCAGAUGUGCGCCUUUGUGUGUUCGCUCUGCUACCAGUCGGAGUUCCACUUCUCCGAGAACACGGUCCGCUGCAAGUGCGGCAUGUGGCGGCACCGGCGGUGUCCGCCGGCCGGGGGCGCCUCCUCGGCCGCCUCCCCGGCCGCUGCCGCCGCCGCCACCACAUCUGGUGCCCCGCACCACCCUUCACACAUGCCCACCCCGGCGGCGCAGGGUGGCCACGCCAGCGGGACUGGCGCGGCCGUGGCCUCCGCCUCUGCCCCUGGCACCGGUGGCGGCGGCGUCUCGGCCGUUUCCCCCGGCCUCGAUGCCGGGGCCACCUCGGGGCAGCCUCGACCCCGGCGGUCGAGCGGCAUCGGGCAAGCUCUCUUCGGGGCGGUGGCCACGUCGGCCGGCGCGGCGGCCGCCGGUCCGGGGCCCGCCCCGGCGACCAGCCCCCCCGGCAGUGGGAGCUGCUACUAUUGUACCUACCAGCUCAAUCGCUCGCACGUGUACUUCCUCUGA